UACGUAUCGAUCGACAUGGCGGCGGUGACCGUUGAGGACGCUGUGGCCGCCGUCGUUCCUAUCGUCGUGUACUGGGCCUACUCCGGCGUCCACAUGGCGCUCGGCCACGCUCGGGUGAUAGACAAGUACAGGCUGAACUCCAAGGACGAAGAAGACAGCAAGAACAUGGUGUCCAAGCGCGCCGUUCUCGCCAACGUGCUCAUGCAGCACGCUAUGCAGCUCGCGGCCGUCGCAGUGCUCACCGUGGUAUGUAACCUCGCCGCCGGCACCCUUACCGGAGGAAGAAGAGGAGGAGUGACGGCGGCGCCGCCGACGUCGUACCUGACGGCGGCGCGGCAGAUCGCUGUGGCGGUGGUGGUGUUCGACGCGUACCGGUACGCGUGGCACCGACUGGCGCACCGCAGCCGGUUCAUCUACCGGCACCUCCACUCGUGGCACCACCGCAUCGUGGUGCCCUACGCGUUCGGCGCCAUCUACGGCCACCCGCGGGUCUGGAACGGCGCCGCGCACCACGGCGUGCACCACCUGUCGCGCGGCGUGAGGCACAACUUCUCCGACCUGUUCUUCGUGACGUGGGACAGGGUGUUCGGGACGCACUUGCCCUACGCCGUCGAGGAGAGGCCCGGCGGCGAGGGGCUGAUGCUCAGGACCAUGCCGCCCAAGGCGCCGUCCAAGAAUAACUAAUCAAUAAAGUU